GGUUGGAGGGUUCCAGCUAAAGUCCCCGACCGUGGGAGUCGCGAGAGGAGAUAUAGAGCGAGGAGGAGGGGGGAGACGAGGGAGACAUGCAUAGAGCAUAUACCCCCACUGCAGAGAGGCGACGCAAUUUAAUUAUUUAUUUUGUUCCAAUUCUAUAUCCCCACCACCCUCCACCACCACUCCCCAACCCCCCACCUCCCACCACAUUCUUGGCGGCGCGGAACCUUCUUUUCCUCCAACGUGAUCACAAACGGACCCCUUCCUCGCCCUCCACAGAGCCGGCGGCAAGUCAAGCUCGCCUCCUCUGUGUGUUUUGUGUGGGUCUGCAGCAGUCUCGACUUGCGUCAGCGAGCCCUUCGACUCUCGCGUUGUUUUGUGCUCAUUUAGUGGACGGAAGCUCGUGAUCGCAUACGUACAUACACGCACGCUCAAUAUGUAAUAGGCUCUUCGGUUGUCAUUAGGUAUGCGUGUGUGCGCUCGUGGCUGGUACCGAUAUUAAACUGUUGUACUGCUGCACGGUUAUAGAUAGAUACUGCAUCUCAUAAACGUACGGAGGAUAGCCAAGCGGAGUAGAUCGGAGCCCGCAAUGAAACGCCGGAGGCUGGCUCGCACCACAUCGUGCCGCGCGCCGCCGACUUUGAGUCUCGCCGGUUCGAUCCCCACUAACGGAGGAACUGCGUCCAAUGCGCCGAGCCCAGAGGCAUUGCAGGAAUUAUGCUCUCCGGGCAGCAGCAUAGCGCCGUGCAAGUGAAGCGCUCGCUCGUGAAGGAUCAGGUGCGCGAGGUGAUCGGGGGCCUGGAGAUUGUGCUUGGAGAGCUGAAGGAUGUGGCGAAGGAGCUGAAAGAGGUCGUCUCCCAAAUCGACACGCUCACCGCCAGCCUUAACCUGGACGAGGAGACGGACGACUCCAAGUGCAGCACCCUCAACAGCUCCUCGAGCGGCAACACUGGCUCCAGCGGGGGUGGCGCUGCUGCCGUUGCUCGUUUCAGCACCACGGUCAGCGCCGCGCGCUUCAGCACCACGGUCAACGCCGCGCGCUUCAGCACCACGGUCAGCGCCUUCGCCAGCCGCACCUCGGCCACCGCCUCCGUGCUCACGGUUCUCCGGAAGCCACGGCCACCUCCACCCCCUCCCAGGACCACACCGGUGUCGCUGCCCCAGCUGCCCUUUUGCGAGGAUUCGGGCCAGCGGGGCAGCUCCUUGGAGCCGACAGAGCAGGAGGAGGAGGAGGAGGAGCAGGGGACUGUGGCAAGAGAAGGCGGCGGCAGGGAGAGGAAGCGGGAAGUGCGAGAUAACUUUUGCUGCCAACGGCGGCAGUUCGAGCUGAGCUACACGGCAGUGCGGCAGCGGACAGAGCUCGUCCGGGACUCGGCCUCAUAUCAACAUGAUCAGUCAAAUCAUUAUUACCAUCAUCCUCAACAGCAUCUUCAGCAGCAGCAUCGUUAUCAGCACCGGCAAGUGGAACAACACGCACUCAAGGAUCGUGUACGCUUCAAUGACCUCGUCGAGUUCAGCGACCUGGUCGAGGAAGAAGAGGAGGAUGAAGGUAAUGAGGACCCUUUGGCAUCAGUGCAAGCACGGGGUCAUCCGUUGGGGCAAAUCGUCUGCAACCAGAGCGCGCUGCAGGUGGAAGCCAUGCAAUUGAGACACCACCACCAACUCCACCACCACCAUCAGCAACAGCAGCAUCAGCUCGCGUGCUCCGUGCAAUUGAACGCGGGUGCUCUGCAAGCUCUGCCCCCCUCUGGCUUCGUAAGGGACAGUAGGAGCAUUUCCUACCACGCCAGGGACACGACCGUGAUUGCGCAUGCCCAGAUAGACUCUGAGGGUCAACCGCCCCCCAAGGCAAUACUGAGAAAGUCUAAAAACACCGUGGUAUAGGGUGUACCGGUGUGCGCAGUGCAAUGUCUGCUGCGAUGGCAGUGGUGGUGGGGUACGAAUAUUAAUAAUAAAGUUCUGCUUUUGGAAGCAAUGCUGGCUAAGUUUGGUAGCUGAUGGCUGAAUGUAAGGACACACCGCAUUGUGCGAGCUUGUCCUAUAGGAUCCUUGCGGAGUGGUACACAAACCUCACAUAGCAAACUCCAUUCACCAAUCCCCUCCGUUCAAUGCACAUUGGAGUCGUUGUACACCGCACGAGCCUGAUGAUCAGGACACUGCCCACAUAAAGUAUGGAAUAUUAUAAUUAAAAUCACUGUAUUUGUUGUUGUAUGUUUUAGGGGACGUAAGUGGUUGCUGUUUCAGAUUAAGAGCGAGUGUAUUGUUUUUGUGGGUGUGUGGGCACUUGUGUCUCGCAUGGACUGAGUGCUUUGGUUGACAUUAAGAUCGAGUUUUUGUGACUGUGGGUGCAUAUGUACCAAACCUGCGAGGAGCGAUAGUGCAGCGGUUAGCGUGCUGCACUACUAACCUGGCGAACCAAGUUCGAUUCCGACUCACUUUCAACAUCAUUGACGAUUAUUUUAACCGGUACUGGGCCUCCCCUAGGUCGACUCAGCCCCAAAUGAGUACGGUGUGUAAAAAUCAUAACUGGAGAGACAAAGGUGGCCGGGCAUGGUGCUGGUCACCCACCCCAUCGUGUACCGUGCCAGCGUUAAUAGGUGCUCGCUAACAGCACUUGCCCCAGUAGUCUGUUAAGGAUACACGGGGGAUCCUUCUCUUACUCGACACGAUGCAAAGUACUUAUUGAGAGUGAUGCGUUUCCCUCUCUGACAUUAAAAAAAAAGUGCCAAUGCAAGUUAAUCAUCAGACGUGUGCAGCGUGUAACGCAAUAUUUUCUAUCCGAAGGGAAGUGACUUGGUAAAUGCGCAAAGACGUGUCGUUGUGUUUGGCGCUUUAUAAAACGCUGCCAUACAAUGGCAUGGUCUCGACAAACAUAAUUCAUGCCUUGCUAUGUAAAUGGCCUACCCUGUAUAUAGUGAUCUGUAUAGUACCGCGUAGGCGCUUGAAAGAAGCAAACAUGCUCAGGGAUUUUAAUAGUGCCGAAUGAGAUGUGUGUGUGUGUGUACAUGAGGCGUGCGUGUUUAUUUAUUUAACUCGUGCACUGCUAUAAAUAUAUUGGGGGCGGGAGGGGGGGGGAUGCUUGUUUCGCACCCGCUUGCUCGGACUUCUGAGCAGAUGAGUUGUGGCUGCCGGGCCCCUUGAAAAUGACCGCUAUUCAAUGUGUGCUUCGAAUUAUAUUUAUACCAUACGAGGUUGUGGAGACAACUUGUACUGGGUUGUGUGAAUUCAUUACCCAGGUGACUUCCAAAAAGUAACACCUCGUUGCUUUUCUUCUCAGUAGACUCCAAAUCGACAGAAGCACUCCUCAAAGAGGACGAUGCCAGAUCGUUCCAUAUUAUCGUAAAAAUCCCGGAGGUCAUUGCUCACAGUCCACAUGCCAAAGCAGAACACGGUGCAACCCGAGGUGUCAGAACUUUACGGGUGUCGAUGUAUUCAUUCAUUUGGCGAAUGCUUUGAUCAUUUGCAACGUUUAUCGAAUAAAAAUCAGUGUUGCUGGCCACGUCAAGAAAUUGGAACUGCAAAAGUUGCGCCACCCUCAGAUAGUACCGACCGGUGAAAUGUCCGGUCUGGGUACCUGGACUAUGAGGUCAGGUUUACUGUGCUGCUUAGUUCACUCGAUGCAUGCGUAAGUUGGCACGCUGACAUUUGCAUCUGACAAUGCCAGACAAUAUAGGCGAGCCCGAGAAACAUCAGAGGUCAUUGCACCGAAUGUUCUGCCACACCUGCCGUGCAGAAUAGAUCUGGCGCGUUCAUAUUUUCACUGCUCAGCCCCAAGAAGGACGGUCUAUGCGAGCAACGUCGUGAAAAUGGCACCGCCGGCAAAGGGCACUGUUCUCGGACGGUUCUUUUUACGACACCGAUUAAUAAUUUUCCUGUGUUGGAAUUCUCGGCCCGUGGUUCCACGUUGGCACCGGUGCAUUGGAAAACAUGAGGCAAUGUAAAAAAAAAAAUAUCCGCCAAAUGUUCUUGGCAUUCCCAUGAAUAACAUUUUGUAUCCGUUCAAUAAAACGUUAUUGAUUUUAGAAAAAUAGGAGGAUUUACUUUUGGUGUAGCCCUGAGCUAUCAGUCUAUAUAUAUAUACAUACACACAUAGACUGUACCAUUACAUGGAUAUGGGGUGCCCGCAGAAAUCCCUCUCGGGUAUUUGAGCACAAAAGGCCACAUUUGCACAUUAUUCCCAAUUUGUUGGUGAAGGGCGUUAAUACGAAAAGGGCAAAUGGGAAGCCAAGUAGGCAGAAGUAAUGCAGUCUGUUCUUCUCAGCACCCCUCUCCCACCGUUUCUCUGUCAAUGUACAGCACUUAUGACAAAUGUAAUAUUUCAUUGUGUCAUUGGUCAUGGAGAAUAUAUAUGAAUAUUUAUAUAUAUAUAUAUAAAUGAUAAUAUAUCAAUCAUUAUUUACAUUGUAUCUAAAUACAUAAGCAUCUCAUGACGCAGUACAGGCCAUCCAGAUAAAAAUCAACGGGACAUCAUCAUCGGCCUUGGUCAUUCCACUGCUGGACGAUGGCCACCCCUCAACUCGUGACGAACUCUCACGAACUCCUUGAUGUAACAAAUCUGCCCAGAGCGCGGACGACGGUGAGCAAAGUGAGUUCAUUCGAUUCGAAAUAACUCACGUAACCAAAUCAAAGAGUAACAGUCGGGGAGUAACUUGAGCAGUUGGAUGAUGCACCACGCAAAACCGUCCUGGCCACCGAAAUCUUAUGUUGACGUGGACUUGUAAUGUGCUCCGUGAUGGUUUGAACGCGUGUGGACGGGCCAAAGCUAUGAUAAAACAUAGAGAGAGAGCGUUUAUUUUUUUCAAGAAGUAGGCUAUACAGGCAUCGUCACGAGUUAAUUCUCCUCCUGAAGAUGCCCGCAGGAGUGCGUGGCGAAAGCUGAAGAGAAAGAAAUGCUGCUCAACACCCAGCGCAACCCUGGAGGAUAAACGUACAUAGGGGUGCCCGGGCGGGGGGUAGUCAUGGUAAGAGGAAAGGAGGUCCUUUUAUCUUGACUUAAUAAGGUGGAGGGAAUGCUCACCACGAGUUGUAACCAUGGACAAAUACCGAACGCCUGACGUGACAACGGGUGACCCUGAUGAAGAGUCACUUCGAUACAUUGCUCCCCAUUGACGCGUCAUGCACUUGGGUCCAUCGGAAACGUCCCAAGACUUUGAAAUUCCCCACCCACACAGAAAACAAAUAAAAAAAAUAACGUUGUCCCACGCGCUCAAAACGCUCACGCAACGCUUCAUUGUCAAUCGAAUAAAACCUUUUCCUUCAAAGGGAUGCUGAAACGUUCGGAACGUGUGGAAGGCACGAUUGUCUCCUCAAUGUGGAGUUUUCUCAACUUUUCUCUCGAUCCUUUUGUCGUUAGAAUGUUUUAUGAUUAUUUCUCGACUUGUUUCGAGACUUCUCUCUUUUGUUGUCGUUGUUUUUUUUUUGUUUCACGUGAGCAUACGUAGCACUUUCGAAACUGGAAAGCUUCAUGUUGAAGUUCGGCCGCUGCGCAUUUAAUUGUUUUGAAGAUGGUUACGUCACUUGACCCGGGUGUGUCGGCAUGCCACGCAAAGAGGGACGUGGAUAUGUCCUUGAAGCGAGUUGUCUGUUUCAUUCUCAAACUGGUGGCGGGGAAUCUAAGAAACUUGCGCCAUCGUUUCAAGUGCCGCGCAAGAAGUUAAAACCGGCGACCCUGUGGAUUGCAAGUCCAGCGUCAUAACGAUUACUUCCACGGUAGCAUCCAUUAUUUUAGUAUAAUUUGUAUGAUUAUCAUUUUGUCUUGUUUAGAUUCGUAAAAAUGUAUGUUUUGUUAUUGUUUUACUUAAAAUGUAUUGUUUAGUGUACAUAAAUGCAAACCUUUUCGAAUACUA